CGCCCGGGGGCCCGCCCCGUCGCCCGCCGUCGGCCCCGCAGUCGCCGGCUCCUCGCGGGUUCGAAACAGUUGGGAGUUGGACCCACUCCAGCUUCGGCUCUGGGAGGCCCUCUGAGCGGCCUGCCCUCCUGGGGCCAUGAAGAAGGCCGUCCCAAAAAGCAAAAAAGACAAACAAAUCAACUUCAACGUCAAGUCAUCUGUGCAUAACUUGAGCAAAACUCAGCAGACCAAACUCACUGUGGGGAACCUGGGCCUAGGCCUGAUCAUCAUCCAGAAUGGGCCCUACCUCCAGAUCACCCACCUCAUCAGGAAGGGGGCUGCGGCCAGGGAUGGAAAACUCAAGCCAGGUGAUGUUCUGAUUAGUGUUGGCCAUGCCAACGUGUUAGGAUAUACUCUUCGAGAAUUUUUAAAACUUUUGCAGCAAAUCACCAUAGGAACAGUGCUACAAAUCAAGAUUUACCGAGAUUUUAUUGAGAUACCCCAAGAAUGGCAAGAAAUCUCUGAUUUAAUCCCUGAGACCAAAUUUCCAGUAACAUACCCAACAAAGAAAACUGAGCAGGCAAAAGGCGACCCUUUAGCAAGCAGUGAUGACAACGAAGAUGUAGUUUCAGAUAAGAAACUUAAGUAUUAUAAAUAUCCAGGGUCCACUGGGCCUCAGUCUGCAACGAGACCAAUGUCUAUCUCUAGAGAGUGGCAUGGAUAUAAAAAGAAGAACCGUACUAUCAGUGUAGGGAAAGACAUUAACUGUGACGUGAUGAUUCAUAGAGACCACAAGAAGGAAGUGAGAGCCCCUUCUCCAUACUGGACAAUGGUGAAGCAUGACAAUGAGAGCUCGUCCUCCUCCACAGCCUCCUCCACCUCGGAUGCAUUUUGGCUGGAAGACUAUGCCCAAGUUGAAAAGCGCAAGGGUCAACCUGUCUCAAAAGUUGCUUAGGCAGCAGUUUGCAAACUGGUGAUCACAUAAGCAUCUAUCCUGAAAACACCCAACUUUUGUGCAUUGCUCUGUACAGGUUUGCUAUACUUACAGGAAUAUGUGC